AUGGCUUCUCGCUUGGCCAUGAGGAUGCCUUUAAUGGUUGCUCGACGUUCUUUAGGCCUUCCCCUCGCUUCUCGACGUUGUAUUACUACCUCCCUUCGAACGAAUUGCGGUAUCCGUCCUGCGAAAUCUACCUCCCUUUCUUGUACAGCUUCGCACCAAGUCUUUCGCCGCGCAUACGCCGACGCUCCUACAGUAAACUUAUCUCCCACUCCAAGCCCCAAAAAGCGCUUUAGGCUCCUCCGCUGGACAUUUCGUUUGACCUACUUAUCUGCAAUUGGUUUCGUAGGGUGGGUGGCAUACACAGUCUGGGUGCAGCGGAAUCCUAACGACCAGAUCGAACCGGAUCCAAACAAGAAAACUUUGGUGAUUUUAGGGACGGGUUGGGGCUCGGUAUCUCUGCUCAAGAAACUCGACACGGAGAAUUAUAAUGUCGUGGUUAUCUCUCCUCGGAACUACUUUCUAUUCACUCCCCUACUCCCUUCCUGUACUACUGGAACAAUCGAACAUCGCUCCAUCAUGGAGCCUGUCCGCAACAUUCUCCGGCACAAAAAAGCAUCCGUGAAAUUCUACGAAGCUGAAGCAACCAAGAUUGAUUACGAGAAGAGGAUUGUCUAUGCCAAAGAUGACUCUGAAAUUAAGGGUGAGUCUGUGGAGGCCGAGGUGCCUUUCGAUAUGCUGGUCGUAGGGGUUGGCGCUGAAAAUGCGACAUUCGGCAUUCCAGGGGUGCGUGAGCACUCUUGCUUCUUAAAAGAGGUUGGAGAUGCCCAGAAGAUUCGGAAACAGAUCAUGGACUGCGUGGAAACAGCUAGUUUCAAGGAUCAAUCUCCCGAAGAGAAGAAGCGACUUCUGCACACUGUCGUGGUUGGCGGCGGCCCAACUGGAGUUGAGUUUGCGGGCGAACUACAAGAUUUCUACAUGGAAGACUUGCGAAAAUGGAUUCCAGAUAUUAAGGAAUAUUUUCAAGUCACCCUGGUUGAAGCACUUCCCAAUGUCUUGCCUAUGUUUAGCAAACAAUUGAUUGAUUAUACGGAGUCUACCUUUAAGGAAGAGCAUAUCACCAUCCGGACCAAGACCAUGGUCAAGAAUGUAACCGAUAAAACCAUCGAAGCCGAAGUGACGAAGCCUGAUGGCACCAAAGAGUUGGAAGUUAUGCCGUAUGGUCUGCUUGUAUGGGCUACCGGAAACGCUGUCCGCGGGGUGGUCAAGGAUCUUAUGCAGCAGAUUCCCGCGCAGAAAGAUGCUCGACGUGGACUGAAUGUGAAUGAAUACCUUGUUGUCAAUGGAACAGAAAACAUCUGGGCUGUGGGCGAUUGUGCGGUGGCCAACUAUGCGCCCACUGCUCAAGUUGCCGCCCAAGAAGGAGCUUUCCUUGCUCGUCUGUUCAACACCAUGGCCAAGACCGACGAGAUUGAGCAACAACUCAAAGAACUAUCCGCCAAACAGGCAGUGGCCAAAAACGGGGAUCGCGAUGCCAUACUCGAUGAGAUUGAGGAACGUCAGCGGCAACUAAGGAGAGUCAAGCAGAUUGGGCCUUUCAAAUAUUCCCAUCAAGGAUCGUUAGCAUACAUUGGAGCCGAGAAAGCCGUGGCUGAUGUAAGCUGGUUGUCGGGCAACUUUGCCAGUGGCGGUACCCUGACAUAUCUGUUCUGGAAGAGUGCUUACCUGAGCAUGUGCUUUAGCACUCGGAAUCGCAUGCUGGUGGUUAUGGACUGGUUGAAGGCCAAGUUCUUCGGACGCGAUGUUUCAAGGGAGUAG